UGUAGCAGAAGAAGCAGAGCAGUGGAUGCUCUCAGUUUGUAUUCCGUUCAUUUGUUGACGUUUUUGUGUUAUAAAAUCACGAUUUGUGAUCGAUUAUGAGUUCGAAAAGGUGUUCGCGAUGUGAAAAAACUGUUUAUCCUCUUGAAGAACUUAAGUGUCUUGACAAGUUGUGGCAUAAACAAUGCUUCAAAUGUCAAGAAUGUGGAAUGACAUUGAAUAUGAAGACUUAUAAAGGUUAUAACAAACAGCCAUAUUGCAAUGCGCAUUGUCCUCAGGCCAAACACACUGCAGUAGCAGACACACCAGAAAUUAGGAGGCUGGCAGAAAACACAAAGCUGCAAAGUAACGUGAAAUACCAUGAAGACUUUGAAAAGGCGAAAGGAAAAUUCACACAGGUUGCAGAUGAUCCAGAAACUCUUCGGAUUCGCAACACUUCUAAGAUUAUCAGCAAUGUAUCUUACCAUGGAGAACUCGAGCGCAAAAAACAGAUGGAACAGAAGCGUCAUUUGGUCCCAGAGAAAAAUGGGGUUUCUGUUCCACUGAAUGGCGGAAACGAUAUUAGCAGUAGUCCAGAUUUAAUUGAAUACAGUGCUCCCCCUCAAAUUGCAGCUUCUUCUCAGCCUCCUCCUCAACCUCCCCAGGGAAGGAUCGUUGAUUAUGAGCCCCCCGUGGCCCCAGAACCUCUUCAUAAAGAUUCACCAUACUCUGCCAAACUCACCUCUACUGUUAUCUACACCUCCCAAGAAGGACCAGUUCAUCAACCACCAUCACGUAAAAUUGGUUCUAUUGCGGAUUAUGAUCCAUUGAAUGAAAAUUAUGGUUCUUUGGCAUCUGGGUAUCGUACAGGAAUGCCACAUGAUGCCUCUAAUUUGUUCAGAGCGCAAGAGCCAGUUCCUAGUGUUCCAAAAGCUGCUUUUCGUACUUUCAGGGCAAUGUACGAUUACGUGGCUCAAGAUUCUGAUGAGGUGAGCUUCUCUGAUGGCGACACCAUAAUUGAAUGCCAUGCUAUUGAUGAUGGUUGGAUGACUGGCACCGUCCAGCGAACUGGCCAAAGUGGUAUGCUUCCAGCCAACUAUGUAGAGCCUCUUAAUUGAUUACGUCUUAAUAAGAAACAUUUUUCGACUUGAAAAAAAAAUUGCCUCACACAGAUGCUCAAGGUAGUGGUGGUUUAAAUUGCUGUGCUGACAUUAAAUAAAUAAAUCUUUUGUUAUCACUACUGUAGACACCAACAGGAGGUAUUCUCUUCUCAAAGACUAAUAGACGAUCUUGCCAGAAUCUCAAUCUUUUGUAUUCCUAAUUCUGCUGAACUGCUGUGAAUAUGUCAUAGCUGAUGUACUGUUUGUACUAAGAAAAUGUAGCCAAGAAUGGGUUGUAGUCUUACUUAAAUUUGAUAUUACUUCUAAAUGAAGUGAAGUAAUAGAUAUUUAAUCAAUGUAGACUAAUUAAUCUUCUGUAAUCUGAGGUUAUAUUUCGGGAAUUCCUUAUACAUCUGUUUAACAUUAAUUGCUGAACGAAGUGCAUUGCUAGCUUGUAAUGAUAUGGCUAAUUGAUUUUAUGAUCAUAGGAAAUGGUAACGUUAAGUAAAAUUUCAUUCCAAAGUUCAAAUUUUGCUUCGUAUAUACAUUCCUGCCAAGGUUUUAUUUAGUGACUUUUGGAUCAAAUUGUAAUUUUGAACUGACUAAACUUUUAGGUUCCAAGUAUUUAUUUUUAAAAGGAAGGAGUUGAUUUGUUUCCUGUCCAAAAAAUCAAUUCAAAAUAUUUCAAAAUUUUAAACAAGAAUUAAUCUCCAGAUUGUUACGUAAUCAAGGACCAAUAAUUGAUUCUGUAUUCUUUUAAUUUGUUAUUGUUAGGAAAUAUAUAUUAUUGAAAUAUACCUUUUAGUUGAUUUUGGCGUCUUGAUUUAACACAUUAUGUUAGGUUUGCAGUUAUUUUGUAAGGAAUUGUCAUUUGAUUGCUGAAGUCAACAAAAUACUUUUAAUGUUUAUAUUUGCGAUUCAUUAAAAAGAAAAUUUAAUUUCACUCUGCUAUAAUAUAAGAUGUUCAUCACUAAAUCAUUUCAAACUAAAAUGAAGGAAAUGUAAUGAAACUCAAAUUUACCUCUGUGUAGUGAAUAUUUUUUUCUUUGUUUUUACAUCAUUUAUGUACUAUAUAAUAUGAACUGUAAAAAAAUGCUUUCAUAUGUUUCUUGUUGUAAAAUUCUUUUCAGUAAAUAUCAGAAGCAAUUGUUUAAAUGGUUGAAAUUAAAAUUGACUAUUGAGCUUUUAUUUCAAUUUUAUUUAUUUGCUUAAUUUGCUCUUUCGAACUUAUUUCGUAUUAUAUCGUAGUUUUUAUGAUUUCAUUCAAAUUUUCCUUAAAUCUUGCUGCUCCCUUCCCCUCCAGCCCCCUUCCCCUCAUAUGAUAGAAAUGGCUAAGCUAUUAUUAUUUAUUUAACCUGAUUUAUUUAUGGCAUCAAAGUGCUGGUGAAAGUAUCGGGGAAAUGUAGCAAGUUGGUACGAUUAUAGCAGACCGAUUUGCUACUAAGAUUAAUUACAUGCUUUUAUGUAAUUAAUCUUAAAAUGAUAAGAAUUUGUGAACUAUAAAUGUACCAUUUACACUUUUUUUUUAACCCGAAGUAAAUGCUUCUUUGAAUAAUACAAUUGUAUUUUGGAGCAAAUUUACUAUUAAAAUUAAAGAUAAAAAUACCGAUCUGAUAUUAAUUACAUUUUUUUGUAUACUUAAACCCAGUAUAUAAAUAUCAAUGAGCAUGAAUAUAAUUAUAUAUAAUAUAUGACUAUAUAUUUUUCAAAUUUUUUUCUGUAUGCUCGUGUAAAGUUUUUGUUUAAAAUCUUAAGAAUAUUUUUAAUUUUUUUGACUUUGUCAGCAACAUUAUUCCAUUGUUAUGUUGUAAAGAAGUUUUGUGUUGUGCAAAAGUUUAUUUGCAUUAAUAACAAUGCUCCAUAAUUUUUUGUUUUAAUUAAAUGCAUAUUUUUGUAUCUUUAUUAUUAUUAUUUUUUAAUAUUCCUAUAGAAAAACUAAGAAACAACCCUAAAUAAGAAAAAAAAGCAAAAUGCAUGUAUUUCAGAACUAAGUGCUGAUUCAAUCGUCAUUUUUAAGAUCAAUUUUAUAAUACAGCAGUGGAUAAAUAUUUUUUUGUUAAUGAAGAAUAUUAGAACAAUUAUUUUUUAUUCUCAUUUUACCGAAUUUUGUUAUACUUACGUGAUUAGAAAAGUUCAAGUUUUGCCAACUGAAUUUGAUUUUUACUUAUUUAUUUAAUUAUUCUUUCAGUUAUAGCCUAAAAAGAAAGAUUUCAUACUGAAAUAUCCUUUCUCGCAUUCUUAGAAUAUUUUUGCACUAAGUAUUUCCUUCCGUUUUGUUUAUUAAAACAAAUCAAUAUAUUGUUGCCUCAGAGCAACAUUAAGACAUCUAAUCCCAGGAAUAACAGUAAGAUAUUCUACUGUUGCUCUGGGGCGACGAUAUGGUUGAGAAUUAUUAAAAUACAUUGCGUUUGAAUGUACUUCGUUUUAAUAAUUUCCUUUUCACUUGUUACAUUUUAUCACUAAAAUCCAUUAGUUUUUUAUUAUACAAUGGGAAUUCAUCACUUUCUUUCUUUUUUUCUUUGGGGCAAACAGUACAUCUUGUCCAUGCAUGAAUAGCAUUCUCAUUAAUAUUUAAAUCAUAGUUUUCUGAGGGUACUUUUUUUUUCUUCUAAGUGCUGAAAAUACUUAAAUUCAAGCUUUUUAUAAUUAUUAAUAUUGCACUGUUGUGAGUUAGUCCCUUAUGCAAUCAAUCUUGUCUGCUGUUGGAUUAUGUAGUAGAAAAUCCAAGAAAGUGGCGAUGCUUUUUGUAGACAAAAAUAUGUAUUUAUACUUAAUCAUUUUGUUAAAAGAAACUUGAUAUUUGUAUUUAUAUUGGGGCAAUUCCACAGUAAGUGACUGCCAUUUUAAAAACAAAACAAUAAGUAUUUUGUAACAUUCAAGGAAAAAUACACAUAGUACAAAAGAACUUUUUCCUUUAUUAUUGUAUUUUUAAAUUGAAUUUAGUGGUAUAAAAUUGUGUUCUCAAAAUGUGUUUUGGAUGAUUUUUAAAAAAAAUGUAUUAAGCUAUUUAAAAAAAACCUUUAAACCCCAAAUUCUUGAAGUAUCAUAUCACAUAUAUAUUUUAAAACUCAUUGUUUUUAUUUUUUUAAAUCAUAUUGUCCAUUUUAUAGCAUCCUUUGAGUACUUUGAUUCCUGUCAUACAAAUUAGAGUAUACCAUAGAUUUGGGGGAAUAAUCAAAACCAGAAACCAUUAGCUCAAUUUCCAAAAUGCCUCCCAAAUUGUUGAAAAUAAAGGACUUAAUUACACUUCGUUGUCAAAGUCAAUAUUGCUGAAAUUUAAUGUUCAAUUCUUAAAUAAAGCACUCCAUUAAAUAAGGUUAAAGGUUAUAUUAAAAUUUUUAAAAAAUCACCAUAUAAACCUAACUAUUAACUAUAUAAAAAUCUGCCUAAUAAAUAAAAUGAAAUAUACGGUAGAAGGUUUUUAUGUUACAGUUUAUCAAGGUUUAACUGAGCUACAAAUAUACUAACUUACCCUUCCAGAUGAGAAUGGGUGUAUAAGCAAUUUUAUUUAUCGUAUACAUCAUGCUGGUUUUGCAUUUGCAUGUGUCGUGAGGUCUAUGUAAUCUGCAUGAGGUCUUUGUAUGUUUUAGCCUUGACGUAUUUUAUUAUUAAAUAGGUCAUUGAUUUAAUUUUGGUGAAAACGAGAACUGUUACCUCAUUUUUGAAAUUAAAAUGGCAACAGCAAUUUUAGGAACAUUCUCAAACCCCAUGAGAUGAGUGUAAUUACAUAGGGAUUUGGGAAAACAUUAAUACUAACUGACAAUAAUGAAUGUAGCCUGUAAGUUACCAUAUUUUUAACAAUUAUUUUAAAAUCAUCCAAAAAAUAUUUUUUGAUAUUCAACUAUAGCGUUGAAUUCAGCUUUUGAAAUAUAAUAUUCCAUGGAAAAAGUUCUUCUGCAUAAUGUAUAUUUUGCAUUGAAUGUUACAAAAUGCUGACUAUUUUCCUCUAUAAAUGUCAGUCUGUUAUACGCAGACUUGCCCAUUGAUAAUAUUCCGUUAAUUCUCUUCUGUAACUUUUGACGAGCCAAAAUGAUAAAAAUAUUGAGCUUUUCUUUUAAAAGCAUUUGUAAAGUUUGUGUUGUUUUUUAGGAAGGUUUUCGAGCUGCCAUGUUUGUUUGUUUGAGGCAGUACGAGUAUGAUUCCUUUUAUAUGUGUAUAAAUAUAUAUAAAUAUAUAGUUGUUAUAACAAAUUUUUUUGUAUGUAAUGCUUUAAAAUAUGUUGGUGUGUUUUUAUAUAAAAUAACAGGAGGAAGUCAUGAGAUGAAGCUAAAUCUCACCAUGAUGUGAAAUUUUCUCUACUUUCUUUUAUAUAUCUGUUUUCCUUUUUUACAUUUUAAAAAUUGUAUGAAAACGUUUCUUGUUUUAAAUAUUAAUUUUAUUUUCUAAUAAUUUCUAGUGAUCUAUUUUCCUUUUGUACUUCAGGCUGUCUCCUCCUUCCUAAUAAAUAUGUUUUUCUGUAUCA